GGCCGGCAUCCCAGUGCUGCCGCAGUGCCGCCCGCCCCGUCUCGGCCUCGGGCUUCCCCCUCCACCGGCGGCCGCACCUGCUCCGGCCAUGAUGAGCUUCAGCGGCGCGGACGCGCUGCUGGGCGCCCCGUUCGCGCCGCUACAUGGAGGCGGCAGCCUGCACUACGCGCUGGCCCGCAAGGGCGGAGCGCGUUCUGCUGCCGGCUCGUCCAGCGGCUUCCACUCCUGGGCGCGGACAUCCGUGAGCUCCGUAUCGGCCUCGCCGGGCCGCUUCCGCGGUGCAGGAGCCACCUCGAGCACCGACUCGCUAGAUACGUUGAGCAACGGACCGGAGGGCUGCGUGGUGGCAGCAGCGGCAGCCCGCAGCGAGAAGGAGCAGCUGCAAGCGCUGAACGACCGCUUCGCCGGCUACAUCGACAAGGUGCGGCAGCUCGAAGCACAUAACCGCAGCCUGGAAGGCGAGGCGGCGGCGCUGCGGCAGCAGCAGGCGGGCCGCUCCGCCAUGGGCGAGCUGUAUGAGCGAGAGGUACGCGAGAUGCGCGGUGCAGUGCUGCGCCUAGGCGCGGCGCGCGGCCAGCUGCGCCUGGAGCAGGAGCACCUGCUGGAAGACAUCGCGCACGUGCGCCAGCGCCUAGACGACGAGGCCCGGCAGCGGGAGGAAGCUGAGGCGGCAGCGCGCGCACUCGCGCGCUUUGCGCAGGAGGCUGAGGCGGCACGCGUCGAGCUGCAGAAGAAAGCGCAAGCACUGCAGGAAGAGUGCGGCUACCUGCGGCGUCACCACCAGGAGGAGGUGGGCGAGCUGCUCGGCCAGAUCCAGGGCUGCGGCGCCGCGCAGGCGCAGGCGCAGGCCGAGGCGCGCGACGCCCUUAAGUGCGACGUGACGUCGGCGCUGCGCGAAAUCCGCGCGCAACUCGAAGGCCACGCAGUGCAGAGCACGCUUCAGUCGGAGGAGUGGUUCAGAGUGAGGCUGGACAGACUCUCAGAGGCAGCCAAGGUGAACACAGAUGCCAUGCGCUCAGCACAGGAGGAGAUAACUGAGUAUCGGCGCCAGCUACAGGCCAGGACCACAGAGCUGGAGGCGCUCAAAGGCACCAAGGACUCAUUAGAGAGGCAACGCUCUGAGCUGGAGGACCGUCAUCAGGCCGAUAUCGCAUCCUACCAGGAAGCCAUCCAGCAGCUGGACACCGAGCUGAGGAACACCAAGUGGGAAAUGGCAGCCCAGCUCCGAGAGUACCAGGACCUGCUCAAUGUCAAGAUGGCUCUGGAUAUUGAGAUCGCUGCUUACAGAAAACUCCUGGAGGGCGAAGAGUGUCGGAUUGGCUUUGGCCCCAGUCCUUUCUCCCUUCCAGAAGCACUCCCCAAAAUUCCCUCUGCAGCCACUCACAUAAAGGUCAAAAGUGAAGAGAAGAUCAAGGUGGUAGAAAAGUCAGAGAAGGAAACUGUGAUUUUGGAGGAACAGACAGAGGAGAUCCAAGUGACUGAAGAAGUGACUGAAGAAGAAGAAAAAGAGGCCAAAGAGGAGAAGGGUGAGGAGGAGGAAGCAGAAGGAGGAGAAGAAGAAACAAAAUCUCCCUCAGCAGAAGAGGCUGCAUCUCCAGAGAAGGAGGAGGCCAAGUCACCAGUUGGAGCCAAGUCCCCGGUGAAGGAAGAAGCUAAGUCCCCAGCCGAGGCCAAGUCCCCAGUGAAGGAAGAGGCUAAGUCACCAGAAAAGGCUAAGUCACCCAUGAAAGAAGAAGCAAAAUCACCAGCUGAGGCCAAGUCCCCUGUGAAGGAAGAGGCCAAGUCUCCAGCUGAGGUGAAGUCCCCUGAGAAAGCUAAAUCCCCUGUGAAAGAAGAAGCAAAAUCACCAACUGAGGUGAAGUCUCCAGAGAAGACCAAGUCCCCUGUGAAGGAAGAAGCAAAGUCCCCAGUGGAGGCCAAGUCCCCAGAGAAGGCCAAGUCCCCUGUGAAGGAAGAGGCCAAGUCCCCAGAGAAGGCCAAGUCCCCUGUGAAGGAAGAGGCCAAGUCCCCUGAGAAGGCCAAGUCUCCUGUGAAGGAAGAGGCCAAGUCCCCAGAGAAGGCCAAGUCCCCUGUGAAGGAAGAAGCCAAGUCCCCAGAGAAGGCCAAGUCUCCAGUGAAGGAAGAGGCCAAAUCCCCUGAGAAGGCCAAGUCCCCUGUGAAGGAAGAAGCCAAGUCCCCAGAGAAGGCCAAGUCCCCUGUGAAGGAAGAGGCCAAAUCCCCUGAGAAGGCCAAGUCCCCAGAGAAGGCCAAGUCCCCUGUGAAGGAAGAGGCCAAGUCCCCAGAGAAGGCCAAGUCCCCUGUGAAGGAAGAGGCCAAAUCCCCUGAGAAGGCCAAGUCCCCAGAGAAGGCCAAGUCCCCUGUGAAGGAAGAGGCCAAAUCCCCUGAGAAGGCCAAGUCCCCUGUGAAGGAAGAGGCCAAGUCCCCUGAGAAGGCCAAGUCCCCUGUGAAGGAAGAGGCCAAGUCCCCUGAGAAGGCCAAGUCCCCAGAGAAGGCCAAGUCCCCUGUGAAGGAAGAGGCCAAAUCCCCUGAGAAGGCCAAGUCCCCAGUGAAGGAAGAGGCCAAAUCCCCAGAGAAGGCCAAGUCCCCUGUGAAGGAAGAGGCCAAAUCCCCUGAGAAGGCCAAGUCCCCUGUGAAGGAAGAGGCCAAAUCCCCUGAGAAGGCCAAGUCCCCUGUGAAGGAAGAGGCCAAAUCCCCUGAGAAGGCCAAGUCCCCUGAGAAGGCUAAGACUCUUGACGUGAAGUCCCCAGAAGCCAAGACCCCAGCAAAGGAGGAAGAAAGGUCCCCUGCAGACAUCAAAUCUCCUGAAAAGGCAAAAAGCCCUGUCAAGGAGGAGGUCAAGUCCCCAGAGAAGGUGAAAUCUCCUGUGAAGGAGGAGACCAAGGCUUCUGAGAAAGAGGUCACAAAGAAGGAAGAGGCAAAGUCCCCCGUGAAGGAGGAAGAGAAACCCCAGGAAGUGAAAGUCAAAGAGCCCCCAAAGAAGGUCGAGGAAGAGAAAGCUCCAGCCACACCAAAACCUGAGGAGAAGAAGGACAGCAAGAAAGAUGAGGUGCCCAAGAAGGAGACUCCAAAGCCUGAGGUCCAGGAAAAGAAGGAACCUGCUGUGGAGAAGCCCAAAGAAUCCAAGGUUGAAGCCAAGAAAGAGGCUGAAGAUAAGAAAAAAGCAGUGACCCCAGAGAAGGAGGCUCCUGCCAAGGUGAAGGAGGAGGCCAAGCCCAAAGAGAAGGCUGAGGUGGCCAAGAAGGAGCCAGAUGAUGCCAAGGCCAAAGAACCCAGCAAAGCAGCAGAGAAGGAGCCAGAAAAGCCAAAGAAGGAAGAGACACCAGCAGCACCUGAGAAAAAAGAUGCCAAGGAGAAGACCACAGAGGCCAAGAAGCCUGAAGAGAAACCCAAAGAGGAGCCUGGCAAGGAGGCCCCCACACCUGGCAAAGCCAAGACGGAAAAGGCUGAGAAAUCCUCUAGCACAGACCAGAAAGACAGCAGGCCUCCAGAGAAGGCCACAGAAGACAAGGCCUCCAAGGGGGAGAAGUAAGGCAGGGAGAAAGGACUAUCCAGAACAGCCAAAGAAACUCAGGAGGGUCUGGGAGCUCAAGAGUUGACAUAACAAAUUUUCAUGUUUUUCUCCCUUUUCUUUAUAUAAGAAACUCUACUUAGACGAUGGGGCCCUCCUUCACCAAACAGAAAUUUCUAUUAGCAAUAUGUUAGCAAGAGAGGGUAUUCCCGACCCCCCAACUCCACACCCCAAACCCUCCCCAGGCGAUGGACAAUUAUGUUAUAUGAUAGCUUAUGUAGCCGAAUGUGAUAUAUGCCGAAUGCCACAUGUAAACACUUGAGUAUACAAACUGAUCCCCUCCUUUCCAAAUAAGUGCAUUUAUUUCCUGUAUGUGCAACUGACAGAUGACCGCAAUAAUGAAUGAGCAGUUAGAAACACAUAAUGCUUGAGAUGUCUUAACUUAUUCCUGAAUGCCUUCUGUUUUCCAAAGGAGUGGCCGAGCCCUUGCCCAGAGCUCUCUAUCCUGGAAGAGCUGGAGCAGGUGGGGCUGUGCACUGGCCACUGAAUCAUGCCAGGGCGCACUUUUCCACUGGAGUUCACUUUCAAUUGCUUCUGUGCAAUAAAACCAAGUGCUUAUAAAAUGAAAA